GUUUUCUGGAAGAUAUGCAAAGGAUAUUUGUCAGAUAAAUCUCUCUGCUUUAAAAGAAGCUGCUAUACUCAGAGUCGCAAGUUUUAAAGUUGGCAAAUGUGAAAUCUCGCCGGAAAUUUUACCGGAAAAACGCCAACAUAAGUUGUUACACUCAUUUUUGACAGUAUUUGUUUGAGAAAUGCAAGAUAUACAUCCGAUCGGCGGCGGUGGAGGACGAUUUUUUGGUGGUGGAGGAGACAGGAGGUUAAGGCCUAACCAUCACCAAAACCAGCAAGUUUUAAAGUGUCCACGUUGUGAUUCUCCAAACACGAAGUUCUGUUACUAUAAUAACUACAAUCUUUCUCAGCCGAGACACUUCUGCAAAAGUUGCCGGAGAUACUGGACUAAAGGCGGCGUCCUCCGUAACGUCCCCGUCGGUGGUGGCUGCCGGAAAAGCAAGCGUUCCAAACCAAAGCCCGCUCCUCCUUCCGACGCUGCUGCCGAAGCUGCCGACGACGCUUCGGUGGAACAUAAGUCAAACUCUAAUUCUAGCAGCGAAAGUUCCAGCCUUACUGCAACCACAACCGCUGCUGCAGCGGCGAAUACCUCUGGUUCUGCCACUGCGGAGGUUGUGUCGGCAGCUUCUUCACACUCAGCUUCAACUUUUCUCAACUUUCACGAAUCCAACUUCUUCCUACCUAAUAGUACGAACGCAAGCUUUGAUCAUCAGCCAUUAAUGGAUCAUUCUGCCGAAGGCCAGAUUUUCCAGGACAUUGGGAACUUUACGAACCUGAUGACGUCGUCGAACGACCCAUCUGUAGUAGGGUUUAACAUGAUGGAGAUUCCGGCGUACCGGUUGCCGGAAAACCAGAACUCAAAUGAGCAGUGGAAUCAACCGUCGAAGAUGGUGGGAACAGAUCAGCCGGUUAAUGACUUGAAGAUGGAACAAAUGGAUACGGGUUUCAUGAAUCAAACGGGUCGGGUCGAGUUUGGGUUACAGCAGAACAGGGUAAACAGCAGUGAGAUCGCUCCACUGGAUUGGCAAACUGGAGGUGGUGGUGGAGAUGGAGAACAUGGGCUGUAUGAUUUAACCGGAACCGUUGAUCAUUCUUACUGGAGUCAAACACAGUGGGGUGGAAACGAUCACUCCCUUAAUUUUCUGCCUUGAUCUUUGUCUCCUUUUUCUAACCUUUGAAAAUAGCAGACAAAAAUAAACAAAGUGAAGUUGGAAUAUUGAGAAAAAGAAGGGAAAAAGAAGAAGUGGAGAACUAUAUAUGUUUGGUAUGUAUAUUCAAUUCUCAUAUUUUUAAGUUUAGACCUGUUUUAGAUUUGGCUGGAGUUAGGGUUUGAAAUUUGUAAUUUCAUUAUGCAAAUGUAACUGACCUCUCCACGCUAAUUACUUUUUCCUUUUGUUUAACUUCCCGGCGAGGGGUAUAUUUAGAUAUUUAUGCAAGUGUAUCUUAAUUGUGAAAGUCAAGUUAAUUGUGAACAGAGUAUAGAGAACAACUUAUUAAAUGUUAAUUGUGUACGUGUUGUGUACUGUUCAUUUUUA